AUGCCUCACCGUGCUGGAUCGCCCGCGGUCUCAGAAAACGAGUUCGACAUCACGAAUUCAUUAUUCAAAGAUGAUGUCGACGCAGAAGACGACGAUUUCGGGUUCCCCACCAGCAAGGAUUUGGGAAACCUUGACGCCGGUGGGAUAUUAGAUUUGGGAAUCGAGAGCGAUGGAGAUGGCGACGAGGAGUUUAUCGCAGCUCAGCAAGCUGCGUCGAAUCGAAAGGCUUCCAAUGUCAAGGGCAAGAGUGUUAAGAAGGGCGGAGGAUUUCAGGCAAUGGGAUUGAACGCACAUCUCCUCAAAGCGAUUAGCAGAAAAGGGUUCUCUGUCCCUACUCCGAUCCAGCGGAAGACAAUUCCUCUCGUCCUCGAUGGUCAAGACGUGGUGGGCAUGGCCAGAACCGGUUCCGGAAAAACUGCUGCCUUCGUUAUACCCAUGAUCGAGAAAUUAAAGGCCCAUAGUGCUCGAGUUGGUGCUAGGGCAUUGAUCUUAUCGCCAUCUCGAGAACUUGCCUUACAGACUUUGAAGGUUGUUAAGGAAUUUGGCCGAGGGACGGAUCUCAAAUGUGUUUUGCUUGUGGGUGGGGACAGUCUGGAAGAACAAUUUGGCUUCAUGGCCGCAAAUCCGGAUAUUGUCAUUGCAACACCUGGUCGAUUUCUACAUUUGAAGGUUGAAAUGUCUCUUGAUCUUUCAUCAAUCAAGUACGUGGUCUUCGACGAAGCUGAUCGAUUGUUCGAAAUGGGAUUCGCUGCCCAGCUCACGGAAAUCCUUCACGCCCUGCCAACUUCGAGACAGACUCUAUUGUUCUCUGCAACUUUACCAAAAUCUCUAGUUGAGUUUGCAAGAGCUGGUUUGCAGGAACCCAGUCUGGUACGACUGGAUGCUGAAAGUAAAGUCUCGCCGGAUCUCGAAAGUGCAUUUUUCAGUGUCAAGAGUGCCGAGAAAGAAGGUGGAUUAUUGCAUAUCCUCAACGAUCUUAUCAAAAUGCCUACUGGCCCACCAGAGAAUGCUCGGAAGGCUGCAGAAACCAACAACAAGAAGCGGAAACGAGGAGCUGAUGGGCCUGGUCCCAAGCACAAGCCGACAGAACAUUCAACGAUCAUAUUUGCAGCGACGAAGCAUCACGUUGACUAUCUAGCAUCACUUUUACGACUAUCUGGCUUUGCGGUUUCUCAUGCUUAUGGUUCCUUAGACCAGACGGCGAGAAACAUGCAAGUCGAGGAUUUUCGAACAGGAAUGACCAAUAUCUUAGUAGUGACCGAUGUCGCUGCAAGAGGUAUUGAUAUUCCUGUUUUGGCAAAUGUCAUAAAUUAUGACUUCCCCCCUCAACCAAAGAUCUUUGUCCAUCGAGUUGGUCGAACAGCAAGAGCUGGACAACGGGGAUGGAGUUACAGUCUUGUUCGAGAUACAGAUGCUCCGUAUCUCCUGGACUUACAGUUAUUUCUGGGAAGGAGACUGUUACUUGGCCGUGAAAGCGGCACAUCAGUCAACUAUGCGGAGGACGUUAUAGUUGGUGCCCUACUCAGAGACAAGCUCGAAGCUACGACAGAAUGGAUUACCAAGUUGAUUGGGGACGAUGACGAUCUUAGUGCUCUUCGGAAAGUGGCAGGUAAAGGAGAGAAGUUAUACAUUAAGACUCGAAAUUCAGCCUCAAGUGAGAGCGCAAAACGAGCCAAGGAGGUCGUGGCUUCGAAGGGGUGGAUGCAAUUACACCCCCUAUUCAACGACGAGACAAACGGUGCGGAGCAAGCACGCAUCGACAUGCUUGCACGUAUCAGCAGUUUCCGACCACAGGAAACAGUAUUCGAAAUCGGGACUCGAGGGAAGGCAGGUCAUGGCGAGGCAGCAGAGAUGAUGCGUCAGCGCCGAGAGAAGAUUGUCCCAAGACGGCAAAAAGAAGAGGACGAGAAAGCAGCAGCAGAAGCUGGAGCUGACGACGAAGUGUUUGGUGGAUUGGAUUCUGAGGCGGAAAUCGAGGAUGAGAUGGAAGUCACCGUCACGGGCGGAGACCAAGAUAUGGAGGAAGCCUCUGACGACGACCUGGAACGAACGUUCUCCAAAUCCAGCCAAAAGGGGAAAGGACGAACGUUGUCUUGGAAAGAUUCUGAAAGCUUCAUGUCCUACACUCCUAAGACGAUCAACACGGCCGAAGAGCGGGGUUACGGCGUGCACUCAGGAUCUUACAACACGGCGUCUCAGAACUCCAAUUUCGUGGAAGUGGCAAGGGGAGUGACGAUGGAUUUGACAAAUGACGACGGUGCGAAGAGCUUUGCAGAGCCAGCGAGAGCAAAGGGGAUGCGAUGGGAUAAAAAGAAUAGUAAAUACGUUGCAAGAGCGAAUGACGAGGAUGGCUCGAAGGGGAGGAAGAUGAUCAGAGGAGAGAGUGGGCAGAAGAUCGCUGCUAGUUUCCAGAGUGGGAGGUUUGACAGGUGGAGGAAAGCUCAUAAGGUUGAUCGAAUGCCGAGGACUGGAGAGGCGGAGAGAGAAGGUGCCGGUGCCGGUGGAGUGGGGAGAGGAAUGGGGACGAGGUAUAAGCAUAAGCAGGAGAAAGCACCAAAGGAGGCAGACAAAUAUAGAGAUGAUUACUAUGUGAGGAAGAAGAGGGUGGAUGAGGCGAAGGAGAAGAGAGUGGGCAAGUGGAAGGAUGGAUUCGGGAAGAAGGAGAUCAAAAGUACGGAGGAUAUUCGCAAGGAGCGAAAACUCGCAGAGCAGAGGAAGGCGAAAAAUGCUCGGCCGAGUAAGAGAGGGAAGAGAUGA